AAUUGCAUCAUGGUAAAGGAAUAUGUCCUGUAUGAUAACAAUUUUUUGUAUUUAUGAAACUUGCAUUGUGACCUAUAAUGUGGCUGCUGUGUAGAGGUAAAAGUAAGAAUAAUAAAAUUUGAUCAAUUCAUAGAAGUCAGAAAAGCAAGAAAAGGCCUUGUAAAUAGAAAGCAUGUAGUAAGAUGGUAGAAAUAAAUUAGUUGCAAAAAUGUAAAUGAAUUGAAUUCUCUGGUUAAAACACAGUGGAGUACAUUUAAAACCAAACAAGCUAACAAAGCUAUCUAAUUCUUUUAUAGGAGACACACAAUGGUUGAAAAUAAAAGGAUGAGAAAGGACAUGCCAGGCACAUAAUGGUAAAAUGCUGAUGUCGAUGGGUAUGGAAUAUCAAACAAAUGAUUAAAUUGACACAGGAACAUAUAGAGGCCCUAUUGGACAAAUUUGGUGGGGAGCAUAAUCCACCAUCAAUAUAUCUGGAGGCCUAUGAAGAAUACACCAGCAAGCUAGAUGCCCUCCAACAAAGAGAACAACAGUUAUUGGAAUCCCUGGGGAAUGGAACUGAUUUUUCUGUUUCUAGUUCUGCAUCAACGGACACCGUUACAUCUUCUUCCUCUUCUAGCCUUUCAGUGCUACCUUCAUCUCUUUCAGUUUUUCAAAAUCCCACAGAUGUGUCACGGAGCAACCCUAAGUCACCACAAAAACCUAUCGUUAGAGUCUUCCUGCCCAACAAACAGAGGACAGUGGUACCUGCAAGGUGUGGCGUUACAGUCCGGGACAGUCUAAAGAAAGCACUGAUGAUGAGAGGUCUAAUCCCAGAGUGCUGUGCUGUUUACAGAAUUCAGGAUGGAGAGAAGAAACCAAUUGGCUGGGACACUGAUAUUUCCUGGCUCACUGGAGAGGAAUUGCAUGUAGAAGUGUUGGAGAAUGUUCCACUUACAACACACAACUUUGUACGGAAAACUUUUUUCACCUUAGCAUUUUGUGACUUUUGUCGAAAGCUGCUUUUCCAGGGUUUCCGCUGUCAAACAUGUGGUUAUAAAUUUCACCAGCGUUGUAGUACAGAGGUUCCACUGAUGUGUGUUAAUUAUGACCAACUUGAUUUGCUGUUUGUCUCCAAGUUCUUUGAACACCACCCAGUAUCACAGGAGGAGGCCUCCUUAGCAGAGACUGCCCUUACAUCUGGAUCAUCCCCUUCUGCACCCCCCUCCGAUUCCAUUGGGCCCCAAAUUCUCACCAGUCCAUCUCCUUCAAAAUCCAUUCCAAUUCCACAGCCUUUCCGACCAGCAGAUGAAGAUCAUCGAAAUCAGUUUGGACAACGAGACCGGUCCUCAUCAGCUCCAAAUGUACAUAUAAACACAAUAGAACCUGUCAAUAUUGAUGACUUGAUUAGAGACCAAGGGUUUCGUAGUGAUGGAGGAUCAACCACAGGUUUAUCUGCCACCCCCCCUGCCUCAUUACCUGGCUCACUCACUAAUGUGAAGGCAUUACAGAAAUCUCCAGGACCUCAACGGGAAAGGAAAUCAUCUUCAUCCUCAGAAGACAGGAAUCGAAUGAAAACUCUUGGUAGACGGGAUUCAAGUGACGAUUGGGAGAUUCCUGAUGGGCAGAUCACAGUGGGACAAAGAAUUGGAUCUGGGUCAUUUGGGACAGUCUACAAGGGAAAGUGGCAUGGUGAUGUGGCAGUGAAAAUGUUGAAUGUGACAGCACCCACACCUCAGCAGUUACAGGCCUUCAAAAAUGAAGUAGGAGUACUCAGGAAAACUCGACAUGUGAAUAUCCUACUCUUCAUGGGCUAUUCAACAAAGCCACAACUGGCUAUUGUUACCCAGUGGUGUGAGGGCUCCAGCUUAUAUCACCAUCUCCACAUCAUUGAGACCAAAUUUGAGAUGAUCAAACUUAUAGAUAUUGCUCGGCAAACUGCACAGGGCAUGGAUUACUUACACGCCAAGUCAAUCAUCCACAGAGACCUCAAGAGUAAUAAUAUUUUUCUUCAUGAAGACCUCACAGUAAAAAUAGGUGAUUUUGGUCUAGCCACAGUGAAAUCUCGAUGGAGUGGGUCCCAUCAGUUUGAACAGUUGUCUGGAUCCAUUUUGUGGAUGGCACCAGAAGUAAUCAGAAUGCAAGAUAAAAACCCGUAUAGCUUUCAAUCAGAUGUAUAUGCCUUUGGGAUUGUUCUGUAUGAAUUGAUGACUGGACAGUUACCUUAUUCAAACAUCAACAACAGGGACCAGAUAAUUUUUAUGGUGGGAAGAGGAUAUCUAUCUCCAGAUCUCAGUAAGGUACGGAGUAACUGUCCAAAAGCCAUGAAGAGAUUAAUGGCAGAGUGCCUAAAAAAGAAAAGAGACGAGAGACCACUCUUCCCCCAAAUUCUCGCCUCUAUUGAGCUGCUGGCCCGCUCAUUGCCAAAAAUUCACCGCAGUGCAUCAGAGCCCUCCUUGAAUCGGGCUGGCUUCCAGACAGAGGAUUUUAGUCUAUAUGCUUGUGCUUCUCCGAAAACACCCAUCCAGGCAGGGGGAUAUGAUAUCUCUGCUUGCCAAACAACCAGGAGAAUUUGCAGCCUUCAAGUAGCCACACCAUCAUGGCAGCAUCUACUCUUAUUUCUUAAGUCUUGUGUUCGUACAAUUUGUUAACAUCAAAACACAGUUCUGUUCCUCAAAUCUUUUUUUAAAGAUACAAAAUUUUCACUGCAUAAGCUGGUGUGGAACAGAAUGGAAUUUCCCAUCCAACAAAAGAGGGAAGAAUGUUUUAGGAACCAGAAUUCUCUGCUGCCAGUGUUUCUUCUUCAACACAAAUACCACGUGCAUACAAGUCUGCCCACUCCCAGGAAGAGGAGAGACCCUGAGUUCUGACCUUUUGAUGGUCAGGCAUGAUGGAAAGAAACUGCUGCUACAGCUUGGGAGAUUUGCUAUGGAAAGUCUGCCAGUCAACUUUGCCCUUCUAACCACCAGAUCAAUAUGUGGCUGAUCAUCUGAUGGGGCAGUUGCAAUCACCAAGCAUCGUUCUCUUUUCUGUUCUGGGAUUUUGUUGUGGAGCUCUUUCCCCUAGCCACCACCGGUUAAUUUCUGAGGGAUGGAACAAAAAUGCAGCAUGCCCUUUCUGUGUGGUGUAUGUUCAGUCCUUGACAAAUUUUUAUCAAAAUGGAGCUGUUUUAAUUAAAUGGAGGAUGAGAGGUGAGGAGGGAGGUACAUUUUGAUGUAGAGGAAAAGGGAAUGCUGCAUCUUUUUCCUGACCUACUGGGUUUCUGGCCUUCUGUUUCCUUGCUCACUGAGGGUGUCCGCCUAACCAAGCAGGCUGGAAAGUGCUGGCACACAUUGCCUUCUUUUCUCAUUGGGUCCAGCAAUGAAGACAAGUGUUUGGGAUUUUUUUUAUUUUUCCUCCACAAUGUAGCAAGUUCUCAGGAAAAUACAGUUGAUAUCUUCCUCCUAAGCUCUUCCAGUCACCAAGUACUUAGUGGCUACUUUGUCCAGGGCACAAAAUGCCAUGGCAGUAUCUAGUUAAAAGCCUACAAUACUGAUAACAGUUUUGAAUGUGAGACAUUUAUGUAAUUUAAAUGUAAGGUACAAGUUUUAAUUUGAGUUUCUUCUAUUUUUAUUAAAAAAAAUAAUUUUCAGAUUGAAUUGAAUUGGAAUAAAAUACUUCCCACCAGAAUUAUAUAUCCUGGAAAAUUGUAUUUUUGUUAUAUAAGCAACUUUUAAAGAAAGAUGAUUAUCCUUUUCUUUACCUAAAUAUGGGGAGUCUUAGCAUAAUGACAAAUAUUUAUAAUUUUUAAAUUAGUGGUACUUGCUGGAUCCACACUAACGUCUUUGCUAAUAUUUCAUUGUUUCUUCCAACUUACUCCUACACUGCAUCCUACAUCCUCUUUCUAGUCUUUUAUCUAAAAUAUGCAACCUAAAAUAAAAAUGGUGGUGUCUCCAUUCAUUCUCCUUCUUCCUUUUUUCCCAAGCCUGGUCUUCAAAAGGUUAGGUAAUUUGACAGAUGAGUUCCCCAGGCAGAGAACAGGGCAAUUUUAGGGGUAUUGGGACUGAGGGAGGAUGUGUGAAGCCUAAUGUCAGUUGUUUUUAUAGAAAGAGCUGCUGUGGUAUUAAGAAGCUCCUUCUUUAUCUUUGCAUAAAUGGAAAAUAUAACCGAGUCGUAGCUUCCUUUGGCCUUUACUGAAGGGCGGUAUAAAUCACCGUAGUAGCAACAAAAGUGACUCUAGAUGUAUUAAUGGCAGAUUAAUGGUAAAUACCUCCCUUAUCAUGAGUCUAGAAUCUCUUAUCAGGAUUUAAGAAUGUAAAUCAAAUCAAAUGUACGUAGUCCAACCAAGCUAUGUAGCCAGGGACCUAAAAGAAAUUAGACAGGACCUAUAAAAUAAAUCAGGGAAUUAGAAAUUGUUAUUUAAAAUGUUCAAAUUGUAACUUGCCCCACUACAUCUUUCGGCCUACUAAAGCUCACUGCCGUUAGAUGAUUUUUGCUGAGAUAACUGUAUUCAGAGGAAGGCCUACUGAAAAUUCCGCAGACCUGUAAAAGUGGCCCCACUAAAAGGGAAAAUAUCCUGAAGUUAUGAAUGAGUUUCAAAAGCAGUGUAUUCUUAAGCCUUACACGAGCAGAGCAAUAUCUUAAAAAGUUCAAAAGUUACAAAGAUGGAAAUGAUUUGUGGUGAUUUGAAGAGCAUCUUAUAUGCAGAAUGCUGUCUCUCUUUGAAAAGCAGUAUUUUUCUCUUUAAAUAUGUCCCUAUAGAUGCUUUCAAACAUGAUUGUGUUCCCUUUACCAAGAUUUCAGGGAGCUGGGCUUGACAGUAGGCAUGUCCUGCUGAGCAGGUGGAGCCUGCCAGAGGCCCAGGCACAGGGCCGCCUCAGGCAGCAGGAGCCCGCAUGGGAGCUGGUUCUGGAGGAAGCUUAGCAUUGGAAUUUUCAAAACAAAAUUCAAGGUGAAACACCUUUUUCUUCCCUUUCUUUUUAGUUUACUAUCUCAUUUGAAAAAGGGGAGCAGACGUGAUCUCAAAUGAAGCUAUGCCCAGAAAGCAGGCUCAGGGUAUUCUUGAGAGAUUUUUGUAGAGCCCUUAAAACAUAAAAUUUUAAAUUUCCCUUUGUUUUUUUCCAUCAAAUAGUUUUUUCUUUAGUUUACAAAUGACAUGAAAAAAGGGGUUUUCCUCUGAGUUUUACUUGCUUUAUUUUUUGAUGCUUAGACUACAGAUAGACGUGUUGAGCUCCUAAGAAAAUACAAGGAAGAACUCCUUGUUUGUGCAAAGCACUUUAUAGGUAAUUUGUGUGGAUAGAACGCGGCUCCUUCACUGAUUAUUAUCUGUCUUUUCCGUAAAGUGGCUGCAGUGCCUUCUGUAGUGUAUUUUAUUUUAGGUAAGGAGAGGUGAAGCCUUCUGAAAAAUUUGAGAGAAACCAUAAAAGAUUGUUUUGAAAUGUGUAGUAUUUCUGAUGAACUUUUUCAUCCUCGAACUGCAGUCUAGGGUCCAGACUGUUGCCACUGAAAUAAUAUUGACCAAAAAGUAGUUUAUAAAAGAGAUUUGUGAAUAGGAAAUCCAACGUGAUCAUUUGUAUUUAUGUGCACCUUAAAAGAAGAUUCUUUCUAGCUGUCAAAUUCUGGUUCCUGAACAUCCAGUCCCUGAUUGUAUUUGAGAUCUGGUGGGACAUACUGGGGCAUCCUAGGAGACAAAAUCCCAUAUAAAGUAUAUGUGUUCUAUUUAUGUUGGUAUUGGAGAAGAAAGAGCGUUACAUAGUUAAAAAAGAAAUAAUUCAAGACUUCAACACUGUCAACCUGAAACUUUGUAAAUAUUUCCUAGAUUCUCGUUUGGUGCAGUCACAGCUCUUUUAUCACAUAAUGUUACCGUUUGUUCAUCAGGCAAUGUUUGAACUACCGCACGCCCCUCCUCAGAUCUCACCCGCCCCUCCUGUACAUCCACCUCUCCAGCCUCAUGCAGACCUCAUCUAGCUUUAGUUUGAAACACAUUGCAGGGUUCAGGUGACUUCUUCAAAAAACUACCUCCUCAGAAUGAGGUAAUGAAUAGUUAUUUAUUUUAAAAUAUGAAAAGUCAGGAGCUCUAGAACAUGAAGAUGAUUUAGGAUUUUAUCUUUUAUGUGUACUUGUAUUUGAGCACUCUCAUUUUGUCCUAAAGGGCAUUAUAUAUUUAAGCAGUAAUACUGAAAAAUGUAGCUCAGAGUAUCUGAAUGUUGUUGAAAGUGGUGCCAGAAUCUAUGUAGGGGUACGUUUCAGAAUCUUAACCUUAAGUCAGUUGCAUGAAAUUAAAUAGUUACGGUAUCACUUCACUAACAGUGAUAUAAUUUUAACUUUCAGUAGGCUUGGCAAGACAGUACAUCUUCAUAAUGAGUUAGCCACAGCUUUGUCACAUGCACAGAUAUUCCUAGAGAGAGACUGCCCAGCCAAGAGGGUAGAAUGAUUAGCCAUUUAGCAAGAUUCUCUACUUCCUCCAAGUUGGCAUUGUUAGUGCUAGAAUAUCAGCACCUUGAGACUAGCAGAUUCCAACCAUUAGGCUAUUAAAAAAAAGUGUGUAUAUAUAUAUAUAUAUAUAGCCAGACAUGGAAGGUUUACUGUGAGUUUGAACAGCAAAUAGCUUACAGAUCGUACGAUGAAAUGGUGUAGGUGGGGCUCUAGAAAAAUACCUGGACAAUUGCCAAAUGAUCUUACUGUGCCUUCAUGAUGCAAUAACAAAGCUAAAAUUUUAGCAGAAAUCAGUGAAUUGUGAAGAGAGCAGCCACUCUGGUCUAACUCAGCUGUGUUAAUAUUUUUUAGAGUGCAAUUUAGACUGCAAAGAUAAAUGCACUAAAGAGUUUAUAGCCAAAAUCACAUUUAAAAAAAUGAGAAAACACAGGUAAAUUUUCAGUGAACAAAAUUAUUUUUUUAAAGCACAUAAUCCCUAGUAUAGUCAGAUAUAUUUAUCACGUAGAGCAAAUAGGUUGAAAUUAUAGUUAAGUGACAUUUCUAGAGAAACUUUUUCUACUCCCAUAGGUUCUUCAAAGCAUGGAACUUUUAUAUAACAGAAAUGUUUGACAUUUUAAGAAAUUGCUGUAGUUUAGGGUUGAAGCAAUGUAUGCUGGGCAGCAAUCGUAUGUUAGUGAGAAGCGGGAAAUUAAAAUAUAGGACAGAAUUUGAUUUAUCAGUUUCCAGAGUACUGCUGCCAACCUAGACACUGAUUUUUCAGUUUGAAAAUGUAAACUUGCCUCCCAGGACUUGUUUGCAAAUUAAGCGAGACUGUGUUGCUAAUGCUGUUCUGGGUGCUAUGGGGGCCAGGUGUGGUCUCUGGGGGCUUUUUCAUGGGGCAUUGGAAUAGUUAGUGACCUGGCCAGUGGGUGUAAACUGGACACACUCCAUGGUGUGUGCUUCUUGUAUCUUGUUUCGUUCCUUGCCACCCCCAGGGAAGGCAAUAUACUGUCUUGAGCAGGUUCUCUACAUGUUUUACUAAGGUGUGUGACGAAUGCCGUACGUUGAGCACCCAAGGAGUGCAGUCGCAUCUCUGCCUGAUCUGUACAUUAGCCACAGAAAAAUGAAGUGGCCAGUGUAUUCAUAUUCCAUGUUGCUAGCUCUGAUAGCAUUGAAAAUACUGGUAAGAUUUUUGUUAUAUCCGUACACUAGACAGUAAGCUUUGUUUUGUUGUUUUCAGGUAACCUACUUUCACUUCCAUUUGGGCAAAGACAUUUAAAUUGAAAUUCAGUCUUAAGUUUUGUCAGGUGUGGGAAGAGUAACAGUUUCUAUCAGGUAUUUUUAAGGUAGAAGAGGACAGAAACUUAGGUCCUAAAAUCUUAAAUUAAGGUAACAGUGCUUUAUUUAAAAAUGCAUAGGGACAGUUAGUCCCCACCUCAAACAAGUGAUUAAGUACAUCUUUUAUUUCAACAUCCACAACUUAGGCUGUUAAUUUAGUAGUAUUAAUUACUAAAUCAGUUUCAUUAAAAUGUUCAAUUUUAUUUAGCUGUUUGACUAAUUACAAUGAUAUAACCAGUUGUGCCUGAGGACACAGCUAGUGUUUCUGGAUUUUUUUAAAGAAUUCUACAGAUUGAAGUACUCUUUGAAAACAAAGAAGUAAAAGCUGUUUAUUUGUGUUAGUAUCAAAAAAAUUUUUGUGCAAACCAUCUGCUUCUCCUGGCAGGCUGAGUACAUUGUCCAGCAUCUAUGAGUGGCUGGUUCUUAUAAUGGUAUCUAUGUAGGGAAUCGGGCAUAAAAUUCACCUAAGAGAUGCGGCAGAAGGGUUCUGUUUACAGGGGUGGAGACGGGGCGGGGGGGGGGGGGCGCGGUUAUGAGUAAGUUGCUUAGUACCAGUUUUGUUUUGAAAAUUAUUGUGUUGCAUUUGUGCGUUAAGCCUUUUUUAACUCACCGUGUGUUUUGGUGGAGUACGAGUUACAUAGGAGGAAACUUCAGACUAACAUAAGCAACAAAGCUCACAGACCAGGCACAAACGUAGAGAAAAUGGACCAAAUGGGCUGGGGGAGGGUGUGGGGCUAAGUCUGAGGGUAGGGAAAAAUUGUUGUGAAGGUGGGAAAUAAACUAUAAUUACCUGAAAUAAAAUGUAAGAGUGCAAUAACUGUGCUUUUUAUUCUAAGCUGUGAACGGUUUUUUAAAAAAAAAACAUUCCUUCCUAAUACAUUUGUGUAUGUUCUAUAGCUGAUUAAAACCAGCUUUGUAAACAUAUAAUGCCUUUUUAGUCAUGUUAAUUACCAACAUAAGUGGCUAACCUUUAUGUCUUCUCUUCAUGUUCUGUUAGUUUACAUACAGGGCUGUGUGUGUGUGCUGUACCCUUUCCCCUCCUUCAUUGGAAGAUGCAUUCAUUGGGUCCUCUUGUGUUUCCUUUGGCCGUGUCAUAGGUUAUAGUCUAGGUUUGGCCUUCAAGAUAUCGCCUGAUUUGAAGGACUCUAUCACAGUGAUGUAUUUUUGUGGUAAUCUCAUUUGUUGGUUGUACACUCUGACCUUUUCCUCACUCAGCAAUUGCUUCUCCUAAAAUAUGAGUGUACAACCGAUCAGGGGAUUGAAUUGGACCGUUCAUCGACAUGUCCUUUUGAAUUCUGAUAUUCAGUAGUUAUGAUUGCUCUUUGGUUUAGACCAAGAAAAAGGAAAUCAACACCCUUUUCAUUUACUUCUUGGUUUGAGGACAAUUCUUCUAUAAGGGAGAGUAAAGGGAAAUCCAUCAUGUUUUAACUGCAGUGAAUUAAUGGCCCCUAGUUUGCCACUCCAACCUUAUGGCAAUUCACAUACACAUUCCUCUCCUCUCUCGCUCUCGCUGCCAAAGGUUCGGGUUUAAUUCACUUCAGUUCCACUCAAGCAUUGAAAAGGUUCUCAUGGAGUCUGGGGUUUGCCCAGUGAAAAGAUGGGGACUUUUUAAUUGUCCACAGACCUCUACUAUACCUGCUUUGGUAAAAUUACAAUGGAGUAACUAUUUUUAAAGCUUAUUUUUCAAUUCAUAAAAAAAAGAUUUAUUUUCAGUCAAAUGGAGGAUGUUUCCCUCUUGUCCCUUAAUCCUCAAUGUUUGCUUGAAUCUUUUUUUCUUAAUUCUUCCCCAUACCCACUUCUUGAUACUUUGAUUCUCUUUCCUGCUCAGGUCCCUUCAUUUGUACUUUGGAGUUUUUCUCAUGUAAAUUUGUACAAUGGAAAAUAUUGUUCAGUUUGGAUAGAAAGCAUGGAGAAUUAAAAAGAUAGCUGAAAUUCAGAUUGAAGAAAUUUAUUUCUGUGUAAAGUUAUUUAAAAACUCUGUAUUAUAUAAAAGGCAAAAAAGUUCUAUGUACUUGAUGUGAAUAUGCGAAUACUGCUAUAAUAAAGAUUGACUGCAUGGAGAA